CGCAGCAGCGGCAUCAUGGCGGAGCCCGAGGAGCAGCCGCUACCCGCCGCGGCGCAGAGCGGCGGCCGGAGCGACGGCGGCGAGGAGGCCCCGGCGGGCGGGGCCGCGGCGGGGGCCGCCGAACCGGGCCCGCCCCCGGCCGGGUCGCCGGGCACCGAGGAGCCCGCGGGCGACGCGAGAAAGAAAAUUGAUGUGCUGCUGAAGGCCGUGGGCGACACCCCCAUCAUGAGGACCAAGAAGUGGGCGGUGGAGCGGACCCGGACCAUCCAGGGCCUCGUGGACUUCAUCAAGAAGUUCCUCAAGCUGAUGGCCUCCGAACAGCUGUUCAUAUAUGUAAACCAGUCUUUUGCUCCAUCUCCAGACCAGGAAGUAGGGACUCUCUAUGAGUGUUUUGGAAGUGAUGGCAAGCUUGUACUGCAUUACUGCAAAACUCAGGCAUGGGGAUGAAUGACUGACCACACAGUUGUUCAGGUUUUCUCUUCAAAAAUGGAGAAAGGACUAACUUAAACUCAAGCUGUAAAAACACCGAAAGAGGGAUUUUUGCAUUUCUGCCUAUGAACAUAUGAUGCAGGUGAAUAGCAUAAGCAAAGAGCUGGUUAGGCUAUACUAUCACAUGGCUUUUUUUUUGAUCUGGGGUACAGAAAAAACACCUGCACCUGCCAUGUACAGUAGAGCCAGUGUUCUUGCUGCUGACUACUUAAUUGCUGUAUCUGAAGGCAAACUAUUUCAGUUAUCUGCAGGACUGACUGGACAGCUCUGUCCAUAUGCUGUACUGAAGAUAAGAGAACCUUUCUAUUAAAAAUAAUGUCCGUUGUACAUGUAGCCUGGGAUUCAGUUUACUUCUGACUUGUUGUACAUCUGUGGUGUACAUCCUGUUCUUUGUGAAGUCUUCAUCUUGAAUGUGCAUUAUAUCAUAUCAUUUCAAGAUAGUAUUUUGAUUUUUUUUUUCUUGUAGUAUAUAGGAAUUGGUAUCUAGUCUAAUUACUCCACCCUUUGCCUUCAUCGUGUUGGUAAUUUGAGUACCUGAUUUAUAAUGGCACAGCAUCAUGGGAAGUAUCACAAUACUUCCCGCCUGCACAAAUUUUGUAAUGUUUUGUUGAAGGCUCAGCACUUCAGCAGUUUUCAAGGUGUUUCUUCUUACACUGUUUAAUGAGUUUCAUCUUUAGCUGAAUGAUGCAACUAGCUGUUGCAUCUAGAGCUCAUGAAGAAGUAGAUAUGAGCUGCUAAAAACUCUGUAUAUUCUCUUUUUGACUGUUUUGUAUUUCACCAGCUGUGUUGUCCACUAAACAGUAGAAGGCAAUUUAUAUUCUUUUGCUAAAUCAUAGCAGUGAUAAUUGACUUGAGGUUUUUUCCAUUAUGGGGAGGACUUAGUACCUUGACGAGGAUGCUGACCUUUGGUUUUAUUUAUUGGAGAGUUUGGGUGUGAGGGGUGGAGAUUUUUAGUGGGUUUAUUUGAAAUAUCUGUUGUACAGUGUUUUAUGUUUGUUGAAGCUGAACCAAAUUAAACGUUAGUUGUUUGCUUGGAGAAUGUUCUUAUGCUGGAUGACAGUUUUUGUCCCUGAUGCAAUCCAGUUCUUCAGCACAUACAGACAAAACACCCAGUUCUAGUUUAAAUCAUGUUUUUACAAUAGUUUGGAACUGCUAUUUCAUACAUAAGUGGCUCUUAGGUAGUCUCUGCAUAUUGGAUUUUUUUUCCACCUGAGAGGACUUCUGGAAGAGUAAUACCCAGCUUAACUUACUGACAUUGCCACAGUUUGUGUGCAGCAUGCACAUAUGUCACAGAUACACAGGAACGUGCUCUGAAUGCUUGCUAUGUAGAUAGCUUGAUGUGUCUUGGCACUUUUUAAGUGGAAAACUUUGGUUCACUUCAUUAAACUAACAAGGCAGAAUUUGUUGUAAACUUUAAACUUCAAAUAAUCCAUACUUUUGCCUGCUCAGAACCCUGAUCUCCUGAAUCUCCGUCUCUUUAAAAGAGCUGUUGCAGAGGGAAGCACUCUUGAUUCUGUCUGGUUGAGGAAAUUGCCUGCUUAGUUGCUGUGAGGCCAGCACAACCUCGACAGCCACUAGAGGGUACACAAGGACAAAGAUAUUUGCAUAGUUUUAUCUAGGGCUCUUUUUCAAUUUUUUUCAUAGUAUGUCCACAUGCUGGCCUUACAAAUACAAGUAGUUUGUUCUCCCGUGUGACAGUAUGUUUACCUAAGAUAAGCUACUAGUCUGUUUCUCUUUAAAGAAUGUUCUAUUGGUGCCUUUCACCUCACUUGAUCUUAACAAAUGAAACUACUGAUAAACUGCAAAUGUGUUCUUCAGAAGUGACGAAAGAAGGUUGAUUGUGUGUGUGUAUUGAGGGCAUUGUGUUUUGGUUUUAAAAAGUAAAAACACAUUGAGAUCUUGAAGAAGAACUGUAGGUCAUUGUAUCUGCCAACUAAUUGCAGAAGGUUGUCAUUUAUGCUGAAUCUAUAAAUUUUAUCCUCCGAAGUUGAAUAAAAAACCCCUGUUUGCCUCAAUUCCUCAAAAUGUGAUAAUCCAAUAAUGUAAAACCCACAGUAAUGGUCUGGAUUUCUUUCAGUCUUUACCAUGUGCAUUUUUGAACCUGGAUAAACGAAUCGUGAAGCUUUGAAUUAUUCAUUUAUCUAAGAUACAGCUUGUUCCCUGAACAAUACUUACUUUUUACUGUUUGCUUCGGCAUUUUUCUGCUCUUAAUUUUUUUCCAACCCUAAGUAAUUUUUUCUUGGCCCCUAGUUUAGUGGUAUACAGUGAAUACUUACUGAUCCAGCCCUUGUUUUCUAUUUCCUCAGUGCUCCUAAGAGGCUGCAUUUAUUCUGUUCCUUUUAGUGACUGCCAACUCCAGUUCUGCUAAUUUCCCCCUUAUAACUCCUGUACCUUCUUUACAGAGAGAGUCCUCUUUUUGCCACUUUCCCUUUGGUUAUAUACCUUGCAUCAGGGAGGUAGUCAGUACUUACCUCUGGUAGCUCUUUAAGGGCCAUGGGCUCUUUCUGUCUGGAGUUGAGGUGUGAUUUUAGGUGGCAGAAAAUUUUCCUUGCUCGUAUUCUUAAGUAACAAACUAGACUGUAAAUAUGUCAAGUAGAUAAUGUGUCAAGUGAACAAAUAAGUGAUUCCCAGUACAUUGAUUGUAGAAUUUGCUAGAGACAUGUUAUAUCUCCUGUUUUAAAAAGGGACAGUUAUAGCUUCUAAAAUCAUAGAUUAUCCUGAUAUGCUUUUCUCUUUGAAAAGAAUAUUUCCCAUAAAUUGGAAACAUCAGAAGCCCAAGUAGAACUUGAGCUGUGUUCUCUGCAUUUGGUAUCAUAUAAGUGACUUCAGUUGCUACAGGGGGAGAGAAAGGGUAUGAAAGUAGGGACUGACUCUUGGACAGAUCACUGAUAGUUGUACAAAACAAAAAAAUAGAAGUCUUAAUUUACUCAGAGUAUUGUGUUCAAUCAAAAUGCUACUGUACUGAUACUGCUACUAUACUGAACUGCCAAUAUUUAUAAUGUAAUUUAAUUCACUUAAUUUAAUGUAAUUGAAUUAACAGAAAAGACAAAUUGAAAAAAAAAUCAAUACAUAGUUUUUAAAGACUGGGAAAUAAGUAUUGGAAGGGGAAAUUACUACCCUCUUUUUAUGAAAGACCUAGUACUUCACAACAUUCUGAUAAUAAAAAAUAAUGCUGUGCAAAAUUCAGUUGCCCUGUUUCAAGUUACUAGUCACCAGAUGCAAACCCUUCAAACUGUGAGGCACUAUUUUUAUGAAUUUUUAUAAUGGUUUAGAGACUAGCUUUAGUGAUAGAUUUGCUGUUUGUAGCUUGAACUAAUCUUAAAUGCACACAGAAACCUGAAGAAGCUAAAUUAAACAAAAGUUACAUCAAGAGUGAUGUAAUAAUGAUGAAAUACACAGUUGUGCUGCCUAUGAGCAUACUGAGCAAAUGUCAUAAUUUCCAGGACUUUAAAGUCCAGGAAAGUUACUGCUAAGAUCUUAACAGAAGAUGUGUCUGUGCUAAUUAUCCCCACAACGUAAACUUAAAUAUACUGAUACACAGUAAAUUCACAGUGAGCGGAUUGGGGAGCCACACAUCCAUUCUUUAAACUCCUUGCAAUGCCAAAGCAGCUUCUGUUUACCAAUUGUUGCUGUUCAUGCUCAUUUUGCAAAUCAAAUUCUGCCUGUUUGCACAGCUUUUUGGCUUACGUUGUUCUUGACUACCCUGAAGUCUCAGUUACUCUUCAGGGAUAUUAUACAAAGGUUAUUCAAGACAUUAUCAUACUACAACAUCUUUAUCUUGAGGGUCAUAAAAAAAAAAAAAAAGGGAGAGCAAAAAUUCCUUUAACUGGAGUUUUUCAUGAAGACUGUGACUAUUACAGGCUUGUAUAAAAUUCAAUGUGCAUUAAAAAAUAAGAGGUUUUCAACCUUGUUUUGGAUUGGAUCAUCAAGAAAACAUGUAAAAUGUGUUUUUUAUUUGCAAAGACCACACUUCAGCUUUCUUAGUACCAUAUUUAAUAUGCUUCCAAGGCUAAAUGUCAUAAAAACCCAUACUUGGCUCUUGCUUUAAUAGCAAUAACUCUGUGAGAUGUCAGGUGCCUCUUUUAGUCAGAAUUAGAGUGAAAAAGCUCAUUUAGAGAUUGUUUCAUCCUAAAAUAGGUGGUUAAAAAAAGUUAAAUCACAUUUUUGACUGAGACCAAAAUGAAUACGUUAAAGGCUUAAUGUUAAGCCUGUCACACUAAGUCUGUGUCACUAGACUUGGUAGUGCCAGGAAGUUUUCUGGGAUACUGUAGCUCAGUCAUCUGUAUAGUUGGUUGUUAGAACACUUGCUGGCACAGAUUUUGGCCUGUGCUCAAUUCAGGAACUGGCAAGGUACCAUUUCUGGUGGGCACUUUAGAUGUGAUCAGCCUGUUAUGGGGUUCAGGAGGUAAAUAACAUUGAUGAAAUCUGUUCUGUGCGAGCUGGCCCCUGUGGCAAGGAUCAGUCCUUGGGAUACUUGGUUCUAGGCACACAGGUAAAAUUUCAGGUGAGAUUUGAUCUCUGGUAUGUGCAAUGAGAAGAAUUAAACUUCGGGAGAAAAAACAUGGUCCCUCGUCAAACUUCAAGAGCAAUCUAGGAAUUUUUAAAAAAAUAUUCCUCUGCAUUCCCUCCAUGCAAUUGCCUCUAAAUGACUAAAUUGAUCGGCUCUAAAUGCCUACCAAUAACCACAUUCAGCAACAUUUUUUGAUGAAUAUGCAGAUUAUAGACAGUGGCAAAGUACUAGCUAUAUGUCUUUGCUCCAUCAUACCUUUCUUAAUUAAAAGUAGAUGAUGAACUUAAAUUUUUUUUUUUAAGUGCAGAAGUUUUGGAAUCCUUGCUCUAUAUCUUCUCAUAGAAUGAUUCCACAUGCAAAUUAGUUAUAUAAUGUGUGUAUAUCAAUUAGACUGACACAAUGUAGUAUUUAAAUAUAAUUGCAUUGAGGGCCUAACUCUAAAAAAGAAGUUUUGAGUUAAUGUGUUCCAAUUGCAAAAAUCAGUAUAUGAUUUAAAGCAGAUAAAGAUGUUUCUCUUGAACUCUGUUUGGUAACAGAACUAAUAACCCUAAAGAGCUCUUAAUGGGAAACCUCAAAGAAAGAAAAAAGAUUUCCACAUAAAACUGCACAGUAAUAUUCCUAAUGCAGAGGCUAGCCAGUACUUUGGCUUUCUCAUGUAAAUAUCAUAAACUGAAAAAGACCCCAAAUUUAUUUAAGUGUCUUUCUUGCAGAGAAAAAUGUCAAUAUUUUUUAUUUUAUUUAAAGCACAUGCAUGUCCCACCAAAAGUGGAUCAGACUGAUUCUUCCAAGAGUCCCUUCUGUGCUGUGUGGUUUAAUGCCACACAGCUCUUCACUGCGUUGUUUGGAGUUUGCUUUUACCUUCAGCAGAGCUCAUGCCAUUUAGUAGUUGUUGGUGUUUUCAGUGUAUGACAUGAUUUUGUAUGUGGCAUCCUCAUUUCACUUGUGUUUUACUGCAUGUUUUUAGUCUGAAAAUGGUGUUUAACUGCAUGAUGUUUGAUACAAUUGUUCUCAAGCUUUUUUUGAGAAUUACUGUGCAUGCAGCAGUUUCUCAUCAAAGAUCUCCUGCAUACUGAGUGAUCAAUUUCACUUCACAGGUUAUAUGACUGAGGGACAGCUGCACUGAUACAUUGAUUCAUGACAACAUUGAGUCAUGUAGUCCCAAAACUUGCAGUACAGCUGCAGAUCCAGGUUUUGUCCUUAGAGCCCUCUACCAACAUCAGAAACUUAGGUGAACAGAGAGUUAACAAAGAGGUAACUUAGUAAAAGGGGAGUGAAAGUUAUUUCAUCUAGAGCAGGAGGUGUAAGUACUCAUGAUGAUGUUGAAGUGCGAUCACCUGGCCAGGCUAACAGACCAAAGAAACGCAGCAUAGUAGUUUGCCACAAGAGUCUGGUCAUUUAGACACCUUGGAUCCCACCUUCAACUAGCUCACAAUUUUUAUUUGGAGUUACAAGAUAUAAAAUAAAGUACAGUCAUUUGUAGCUACAUUUACAGGCCUUGUACAUGGUUCAGAGUGUCUAAUGCUGCAUUUUGAUAAUUCCAUCGAUCUGACUUGAAGAUUUUCCUCAGUAAAGCAAAAGAGAAACCUUGUGAGCUGCACCCCAGUAGGAGAUGAUGUGCCAGUAAGUGAUUGAGCACUUCAGCUGGUAAGUGUCUCUUGGAUUUAGGUGUCAUGUCAAAUGAUUGCUUGAUUUGGUUAUACCUGUCUUCUGGGUAAUAGCAGAGUGCUUCAGCAUUUGUACAUAAAGCAAAGUUUUUGUGGUUAAAGCCCAAACUCCUAUUCUCCAAGAUAAUUUUUAAUAGGAUACUUGAGAAAUACAUGUAAUAGUUAAUUUCUGUGGGUGUAUGAUUUCCAGCAAUAAAAGUGCAUAAAGUCCUGCA